UAAUGUUUGCGGUGCGGUCAAAUCCACGGCACGAUGGGACGGUCGCAUCUCAGUAUCUGUCCGUACGUUUGCCCGUUCGCGAUGCUAAAAUUAACAACCGUCAAUUCGCUACGCUUCCGGCCUUUCGGUGGUGCGGUUCGGUGGCGUAGCGCUACAGCGCAACCAGCUGCUGACACGUCCGUCGAUCCGGAGUGGGAGAACGCGCUGCCGUUUGAAAAGAUUCCCGCACCGUCUUUAAUCGGAUUUCUGAAGGAAUUUGGACCUUUUGGUAAAUACAAGGAUGGUAAUCUGUACGAUAUCAACAAACGAUUGCGCGAGCUGUACGGUCCAAUCUUGCGGAUGAACGGUUCGUUUGGGAGGGAAGAUUUGGUGAUGACGUUCGUACCGGAAGACUUUGAGAAGGUACUGCGCUCGGAGGGUCCCUGGCCAAGACGUACGGGGAUGGAUUCGUUCGUGUACUAUCGCAAACAGCAUCGUCCGGAGUACUUUAAGGGCUACGGCGGGUUGCUGGCCGAACAAGGCGAGGACUGGCACAAGAUGCGAACGAUCGUCAAUCCGAUCAUGAUGCAGCCGAAGGUCAUCAGGCAGUACGUGGACAAGGUCGAUACAGUGGCCCGGGAGUUUAUGGCAAUUGUCCAUGGUCUGCGCGAUGAGAAGCAGGAGUUGCCGGCUGACUUUAACGAAUGGUUGAACCGUUGGGCAUUCGAAACGAUGGGUGUGCUGGUGCUGGACUCGCGGCUUGGUGUGCUGGACAAGGACCAAACGCCCGAAGUUACCCAUUUCAUCGAUCUAACAAAAGAGGCAGUCACCUUGUUCUAUCAGCUUGAUAUACUACCAUCGAUAUGGCGGAAGCUGAAAACGCCCGCCUUUUACAGACUGAUGCGUGCAUUGGACGAGCUUUAUCAUUUAAUUGCUGCCCGAGUCGAUGAAGCUGUAAUAAGGAUGGAAAAUAAUCCAAGCGCCGAUCAGGACACGUUGAGCAUUCUGGAGAAACUGUUGAAGGUGGAUCGUAAUGCGGCCUUCACGAUGUCGCUGGACAGUUUGUUCGCAGGUGUUGAUACGACCUCUUCAGGAUCGACGGGAAUUCUGUACUGUCUGGCCAAGAACCCUGACAAGCAGGAGAAACUUCGUGCCGAGCUGCGGAAGAUUAUGCCCAACAAGGACAGUCCACUCACGCCGGAUAGUAUGAAGAAUAUGCCGUACCUUAGGGCUUGUAUCAAGGAGAGUCUGCGCAUGUAUCCACCGACCUCGGGCAAUGGUCGUUGUACCGGAAAAGACCUCGUUCUGCAAGGAUAUCGCGUUCCCAAAGGAAUUCUCGUAGGAAUGGGCCAGCUGGUACUGCAGCGAGAGGAAGGCUACUUUACCCGCCCGUCGGAGUUCAUGCCGGAACGUUGGCUUAGCGGGGAGGCUGCGGCCGGUUGUCCCAGUGCCAAGGAGGUUCACCCGUUCAUCUACCUGCCGUUCGGGUUCGGGGCCCGUUCCUGCAUCGGCAAGCGGUUGGCAAUGAUGGAGAUGGAGAUACUGAUUUCUCGCAUGGUGCGCAAGUAUGAUAUUGGCUGGAAUUACGGCGAGCUGAAGUACAGAGCGACACUUGUCAACAUACCUGCGAACGAUCUAAAGUUCCAGCUGAAGGAAGUGAGCGAUUGAGCAACUGCUUAGGUAAGGUGCUAGGUGGUAAGGAAAUAUUGUUUUGCAAAUAAAUCGAACGAACCAAUGUUCA